UAAGCCUGGGCGAAUAAUCUUGACUGCCGGCGGGUUGCAAAAAUUUGAAAACUAGGCAAGGCAGAGCUACUUAUUGUGGAAUCGCCCUAUCCCAACAGCACCAAUACAAGGAUUGAAGUUGUUAAGCAAUUUUUUCUCAUAGAUACCUCUGCUACACGGUGGGUUGGCAGCAAAGGAGUGUCAGCGAUGACUUCACAAGACAAAGUCUUAGUUAGAAUAAAGACUGAGUGGGGCGCCGCCUUAAGCCCGGUGUCGGAGAGACGUGAUAACGCUGGCAGUAAAAGCUACUACAAGCAAAUCAUACAGCAAGCAAAACAAGGUAAAGAAGCUUCGUUGGUUCUCGAUGGUCCGCUGCAAUAAAAAUUUAAAAUUCACGUGGAAACUAUUAAAACUUUCUCAUACUAUAAAAAGUGACUUAAAUGAAGUUUCUGGUAAGUUCUAUAGGUAAACUGUUACGGGCACGUGUGUGCGUUAUGUUCUUCAACAAAGAUUAUCGUAGUGAAAUGAAGACUUGAAAACGGCGUCUGUAAUAGAAGGUAUAUCAUAAAUACUUCAUACCAUUUUAAAUAUUCCACCAUCAUCAUGUUUAUAUAAUAUUCAGCGCCAUAAAGCACCUUAGUGCCUGAGGCGUUUUUUCUCCUUCAUUGAUUUUACACCGUCACGCUGUAAUAGAUUGGCAGCGUUGAGCCUUAUUAAUUCUGCUACAGCUUUUUUGUUCAAUGGAUUGUAACACGAGGUAUUGUUGCUAGAAGAAAAACUAAAAAUAGCAUAACCCAGCCGUUUUAAUACAAGUUUGUAUAUCAAUGUCUAGGAUCUUAGUAAACAUAUUAGUGCGGCUUUGGCAGUUAAUUUGGACAAGUCUAGAAAGCACGAGGUCGAGGUUCUUUUAGUGAAUCACAGGCAGCCCAACCUGAUUGACCGGUCGGCUGAUAGCAGGUAGUGCCAACGUUAAGCGAGGGAGCUAGACGUUUUCAGGGUUACUGACGUUUCACUUUGGCAACUUUUAACUAGGGAGCGACGGCAGUGAAAACGUUGCUAAAAAAAUUAAUUUGCGUCCUUUCAAACCUUUUUUCGCGUCUAUUUCUGCUUUUUGGACCCGCGCUCACUUUGUCAACAUACAAUUUUUCCUGGAGUUGAAUUCUUGAAGGACUUUAUCCAGGCUCAAAAAGAGAAAGGAAAAUUCGUCGUUGUAUGCGGUCCUCGUCCUCCAUAAAACGUCGCAUUAUCCGAUUAUAGGAGGUUUCACGUCGUAGUCGUGCAGUGGACUCCAAAGAAAUGGACUACAAAGCGUGAUACUCGUGCAAAGCUGUUGUUUUGCUCAUAAAACCAAUUGUUUUUUAGAUGUUGUCGGUUGUCGUCGUCGUCGUUGCUUAAGCUCCCUCACUGACACACGACGACGAUGAGGUUUUCUUCUUUCCAGCCAAUUCUGUCAAACAUUUCAAGGCUGAUAUUGGGACCGUUUGAAACCCCCUCGUUAACAUUGACGUGAGAUACAGAGCAUGUUUAGCACAGUCUUUCAAAGCAGAAGAUAAUUUCACUAGGAUAUUCUUACGCCAAAUAAUAAAACUUUUCCUGAAAUAUUGGGUUGCAUCCGUGCUUGAUACAUCGUUUCUCCUUGCAGGAAACGAGGAAUUUAUGCGUCACGAGGAAACUCCUUGCAUUAUAGUCAAGCAAGAGCCAGUUGACGAAACGUGCAACCGUCCCCACAAUGUGGCGCCAUUUUCCUCUACUUGGAAGAAACUUCAAAGUCGAAGCGAUUCCGUCGAUGAGUUUAGUGAAAAAAUAUCGCUAGAAAAUGUGAAAGAUGGGAACCAUUCAGACUGCGAAUCUCCACCUAAACACACGUCACACCUUGACGGCCCAACCCGUCCCGAGAAGAUCCGAAAAUUUCCCGGUUCUUCGCGUGAAACUGAAUCUCACUCGUUCUCGUGGCCAACUGAAGAAGAACUGAGACGUCUGCGUUUCGAGGCAGGGAAAAGCCCUCUAAGGGCCUCGCAAAAUCGAGGCGGUUACUUAUCAUGUCCUGACAAAAGUUCCUUUAGCCGCUUACAGUCACCGCCGACAGCGAAUUCAUACUUUGCAGAACGUAUCCGCGGAAGACAAAGAAUUACUGAGGGGAAAUUGAUGGAAGAAGUUGACAAUCGUGAGAGGCGAGAAAUUUUGCAGUACGAAAAUGCUAAAAGGCUACCUCCCGAUUUAACAAACGCAGGUGAAAAUAAACGCAAGGCCACAACUAUCACGAUGAACGAAGAUUAUGGUUCAAAUUCUCCACGAGAACGCUCGCCAUUGUCGCGUAGGUCAGACAAAAAUGGUCACACACAAAAAGCUGAUUCUACUCUGCAGCUAAACGAAAAACUCAACAUCACUCAUUUUAACAGAAAAGACGAGGAGCCAGUGUGGAAGACAUAUCAGUGGUAUCGAGACAGAAAAAGGCCUUAUACUCAGCAAAGCAAACGACACAAAGCAGAGCAAACCAUAUUCAUGCAGUACAACGAGAUUCGCGAUAAGAGGUGCCAAGAAGGCAAAGUUGUAAGCGAUAGGAGGAGAGUUUCAGAGGCGCCUAAGGCUCUGCUGAACAGCUUCACUGAGGUCCCUAUCGCAUCUCCUUCAACGUUCAGUGAUACUGCUGAGUAUUCGAACUUCUCAAAUCUGAACCACACCUCAUCGGAAUCGUCCAAAGCUAAGUGCGAUCCAACGUUAUUACACGGCGAGAAAGCACUUUGGAAAGGCAGUGAAAGAACUGAUUUCCAAAAGAAAGACCACAAAGCUCUCCAUCCCGACUUUAUCAGAGGAGACGUGCAACGCGUUGAUGGGGACGAUAAUUACAAUAGCAAUUUUGAGGUUCAUGAAGAAACGGAGCGGGUGGCGUAUUGUAAAAAAGUGGAAUCACGAAAUGAUGUUGCAAGUCCACUAAAUGACGACGACGUUUGCACAGCACUCGGUGAUAAGGAUUUGGGUGAAAUUAGCAGUACGACCCACGAAAACGAUACAAGAAUUCUUCCUGAAACUUUCCGCCAUUGUCCUCAAGAUGUGGCUAAGAUUCUGAGGCUUAACAGAAUCGUAAAUAACGUAAGACACAACCGAGACGGGCAACUUCCCGCAAGCGCUCGAAAAGAGCUUUUACUCGAAGGCCAGGAGAAGCGUCAGUCUAAUGAUUUCGACCGCCAAGAUGUCAAACGAGCAUCUGAGGACGAACAAAACCCGACGGAAAACGUUUUGUGUUCUCCGGAAGCAAAUCCCCGUAAAGGACAAAUAAAAGGCUUUGAAGUCAGACCAGACUAUUCGGGCUUCAGUGAUUCGGAUCAAGAGACCUUUGUCGAUGGGCAGGCGAUUCUCGACGACGAAGAUACCGUGUGUCAAGUGAACGGCCUUCUUUCUCUUCCUGGAUUUAAAGAAACCAAGUACAACAUCAGUUUGGGAGAGUUAAAACGCAGAAUGAACCCGCCGGAGACCCUGACAAGGGUCGAAAUGAUUUCCUACCUCCGCCAAGCUAAGUCAUCUGGGCGAUUCUUACUGGAUCGCCAUAACAUCGUGACCGCAAACCGCUCACAUCCCACGAUCCUUUCACGCUUGUGUGAAGGCGAGGCUCAGGUGCUGGCAGAUGGCAUUCUCAAAAUGAAUAGGGAGUAUCUACCACUUGCCACGCUCGCGCGCAAGACAGUGGAGGCUUAUAAGGAUGACGGCUGCAGGGUGGUGAACUGCGAAGACUGCAGGCUUAAGCUAAGAAGACGAAUUGUAGAUGUUGAAAUAACAAGGUAAGGUCUGAGAUUAUUUACUUGACCUGUUUAAUCAGGUGAUGAGAUAGAGCAUACAUUCAUUCAAAAUAUUUCGCCAUUUCUGAUUGGCUCCAGUCCCCCGGCCAAUUUUUCAUAACCAACUGGCGCUUACCAUAUUUGUCGAGAUGGGAGCAAAAUACCAUCGAUUCGAUGGUGGCUGAUUCAGCAAGAGCGAAGCCUUAUAAGUAAAGGAAUUGUCGGAUAUUACGAUGAUUAUAGAAUGGCUGAACAGGAUUCUCCAGCACAUUUAAACUGUACACAAUAUGGAGUCAUAAGUUAAGCACAGAUCAAUAUUCAGAAGUCAACAAAUUUAAGCACUAUAAUUAGCAGAUUUAAGUUCAUUUGGUGUUUUGUUAUCUGUUUUGUUUGGUUUUAAUUGUUUCCUUUUUUGCAGAAACUCCCUAAAGGAGCUUCUCAAAGUCAUAGAAGAGACUAAGAAGGAAGAUGGAUUCCAAACUUUUGAACACGCUUCUCACAAUUUUGGGCUGCCGAACUUUCUCAAUCAUAUAUCUCUACUAGAUGACUACUUCAAGCUGCUUUUAUUGACGCUUCAAGAUGUGUAGGGAGAACAUUAACUCUACAAGCACGCGAUCUAUAGUAGCGUAGAAGGGCUGGCGCCUAAAACA